AAAAGCAUCGAGGUUACUGACCGUCACGCGUUGCCAUAUGUUCUUCGACCGCUUAUAGUCACGGCUUCACUGCGCCGAACGCACAUUUCUGCCCCUCCUCCGCCGGCUGCUGCGUCCAUGGCGACGACGCCCCAUCGCCAUAUGAUCGGCUACCGACAAGGGAAUACGUCCAUCCACUUCGUGCUCGCGCUGCUUCUCGUCGCCCCCCGAUGCGGUGCCCAGUCCUCAGCCAUGAGCCAAAACUACUAUGGCCAGACCAACCCCUCCAACAUCAGCCCCUCGAUAGCCACCGUCAUCGUCGUCCUCAUCAGCGCCUUCUUUUUCCUCGCCUUCUUCUCCUUCUACAUCCGCCAGUGCGCCGGCGCAUCAGUCGCCGUCCAUCAACGGGACGGCGUUGCAGGGCGGGUUCGGUCGGGGCGACGAAGUGGGCCGACAGGGCUGAGCGUGGAGGUUCUGGAGACGUUUCCGAUGAUGGCGUAUGCGGAGGCGAAGGCGCUCAAGGUGGGGAGGGGCGCGCUCGAGUGCGCGGUGUGCCUCAGUGAGUUCGAAGACGAUGAGGCACUCCGCCUCCUCCCCGGCUGCUACCACGUCUUCCAUCCCGACUGCAUAGACGCCUGGCUCGCCUCCCACAUCACCUGCCCCGUCUGCCGCUACGACCUCUCCGUCGCCUCUCUCGAGCCGCCCCUUGCCAUCUCCACCGCAGACCCGACGCCCGAGAACGCUGACCCACUGCCGGAUCACGUGGUUGUCACUGAUCGGGCCCCGACGGACCAGGAAGCGAUCGAGUUGGCCCGGAUCGGAAGCGAGAGGCGGGAGGCGCGGUCCAGACGUGGGCGACGGUCGGCGAAGCUCCCGCGAUCUCACUCGACCGGGCACUCCUUGGUGCAGUCCGGGGAUGGGCAGAGGGAAGACGUCGACAGAUACACGUUGAGGUUGCCUGAUCACAUACGGCAGGAGAUCUUCGCGGCCCGAAAGUUCCACCGGUCCGCAAGCUGCGUCGCGUUCCCGGUCGCCGGGGAGGGGAGCUCGCGGCCAGGGUACUGCGGCGGCGCCGCGGAAGGGGAAGGGAGCAACCGCGUCGCUAGGAGCGUGCGGCUAGGGAUUUCGGACCGGUGGCCCUCCUUCCUCAUCCGGACACUCUCGUUGACAGUCCCAGCGUGGAAGAGAGGGGAGGGAGAGGGGUCGGCGAAGAAGGCGGAGGCAGAGGGCUCCUCGAGGGGGAGGUUCGGCGGCGUGAGAACGCCCUUCGACUGCCUCGGAGGCGGCGGCGCAAGGUUCAACGUUCCCGGCGACGAGCGGGGCCCUGCGCAGUGACCCGCCCAGUUUGCUCGAGUCGGCAUCAAUUUUGGUAAGUGUCCCAUCUCGAUCUUUUCCUAAUAUAAACCAAACAUAAGGAUGACGUGACGAUUCAUGGAUCGUCCGUUUUGAGUAAUCCACGGCGGAGGUUGAUGCUUAAGACUUGCAUGUAAAUGAAAUGCCACACAUUACGCAAGCUUUAACACAUCUCCUCCUCUGUUGGGAGACAUGGUUUUUUUGUUGAUAUAUAGUUUGGAUUAGGAAGGAUACUACUAAUAUGUGUACGUUAUGUUUUCGUGUACAUGGAGUUAUUAGGGAAUGAAUGGGCUGAAUUAUGUGCGGUUGAUUGGAA